CGCGAAAAUGUUUGGAGGUGUAUAUUGCUGUUCACUGCUCCUGUCGAGCGAAUGUUGUCAGCGAAUUUAAACUAAUACACAUACGUCUGGACUUUUAGCAUUAGCAGGGCGGCGAUGGAAAAUGACUUGUACGGAUAAUCUGUUGAACAGUCUUGUUGUUGUCUUCUUGAGAAAAGGGACGGAAGAUGGAUUUUGUUGUGUCAUCAUGGAUGAUUUGGACGUCCCACAGAUGAGGAGAGAAGUGGAAAGUCUCCAGUAUCAGCUGGCCAUCAACAGAGAGAAGUCCUCCAUUACUGUUACAUAAUAAGUACUGGUGAAGUGGAUCGAGGGCUGUGUUUGUGAAGAUCCCUUCCUCAACCCAGAGCUGAUGAGAGCAAACCCCUGGGUAGAAAAGGGCAAAUGUGUGAUCCUCUAAUGAUGUCACACACAGACACACGCACAGACACAGACACACACAAUCAAACCACAGUUUCAUAAAAACUAAAGCAUCACACACACUCCUGUACACACUCACAGUCACUCUGCACUAAGUCGCACUCACAUUAUUAGUAAUGUUGUUUAUUUAUUAUUUAGACUGUUGAAUGCUGUUAUUUUAUGUUGAGAGUACGGUGUGUGUGCGAGUGUGUGACCGGGAAAAAAAACUCCAGAGAGGAGGAAAUGUUAAACAACACCACGUUUUUAUUGGCUCCUUACACCGUCAAUCAAAAAUAAAGACUGUUUUGAAUUUCAAA